AUGGCUCCCAAGAAGCAUAGUGGAAAGAAGAAAGUGCGGAGCAGCAAUAAAGGUGACAAGAACAGCAAUGCAGGUGACAAUGUGCAAAGUGGAAAUGCAAGUGACAAGAAUGUGCAGCGCAAGCAUGGUGGCAAAAAGAAAGUGCACAGCAGUAGUAAAGGUGACAGCAAGGUUGUGAAGAAAAUAACCAUUGAGCUGAAGAAGGAAAUUAUAGAAAAGCAUGACCGUGGUAUUCGUGUGACUGAUCUGGCUUCGGAGUACAAGAUGGCAAAGUCAACAAUUUCGACUAUUCUGAAAAACAAAGCCGCCAUCAAAGGAGCUGAUGUUGCAAAAGGAGUAACAAUGUUAACCAAGCAGAGGACACAAGUGCUGGAAGAGGUGGAAAAACUUUUGUUGGUGUGGUUGAAUGAGAAACAGCUGGCAGGUGAUAGUGUAAGUGAAGCUAUGAUCUGUGAGAAAGCCAGGAAAUUGCACAGUGAUUUACAGCAAAGAAGCCCCUCUACAAGUGCAGCAAGUGACGAAUUUAAAGCCAGUAGAGGGUGGUUUGAAAAAUUCCGCAGGAGAACUGGCAUCCACAGUGUGAUUAGACAUGGUGAGGCUUCCAGUUCUGACAAGGCCGCAGCAGAAGCUUACAAGUUAGAAUUUGCAGAAUUCAUGAAGACAGAAGGAUACGUCCCUCAACAAGUGUUCAACUGUGAUGAAACAGGGCUCUUCUGGAAAAAAAUGCCGAACAGAACCUAUAUCACACAGGAGGAAAAGGCCCUACCAGGGCACAAGCCCAUGAAGGACAGAUUGACCCUUUUGCUGUGUGCCAACGCAAGCGCCGAUCUGAAAAUUAAACCACUACUGGUGUACCAUUCUCAGACCCCUCGUGCAUUUAGGGAACAAAAUGUGAACAAGGCCAGACUGCCCGUCAUGUGGAGAGCCAAUGCCAAAGCUUGGGUCACAAGGCAAUUGUUUAUGGAAUGGCUGCACGAGGUGUUUGCACCCACCGUCAGAAAAUAUCUUUCUGAUAACCAGCUGCCUGAAAGGUGCCUUCUUCUGAUGGACAAUGCCCCAGCACACCCUCCAGCCUUGGUGGAUGAUAUGGAUGCUGAGUAUGACUUCAUCAAGGUAAAGUUCCUCCCCCCCAACACAACACCACUUCUGCAGCCCAUGGACCAGCAAGUCAUCUGCAACUUUAAGAAGCUGUACACAAAGGCGCUCUUCACUAGGUGUUUUAAUGUCACUAAAGAGACAUCCUUGACUUUGAAAGAAUUCUGGAAGAAACAUUUCAAUGUUGUCCACUGCAUUAACCUCAUUGACAAAGCCUGGGAAGAGGUCACUUCCCGAACCCUAAAUUCAGCCUGGAGGAAACUGUGGCCAGAAUGUGUCGCUGAACGUGAACAUGACUUAGAAGGGUCUGAUGCAGAGGUAGUGGAGGAAAUUGUGUCCAUGGGCAAGAAUAUGGGUCUGGACGUUGAUGGUGCUGAUGUGGAAGAGCUUGUUGAGGAACAUAGGGAGGAGCUGACCACGGAAGAACUUUAUGAACUCCACAGUGAGCAGCAGAAGGCACUUCUUGAGGAGCAUUCCACUGAGGAGGAAGAAGAAAGGGAGGAGGUUAGCAGUGAUGCCAUAAAAUCCAUUAUGCAAAAAUGGAAUGAGUGCCAUGAUUUCUUUGAAAAGCACCACCCCAACAUUACUGUCACAAACAGAGUGUUAAAUCUCAUGAAUGAUAAUGUGGUCUCUCAUUUCCGGAGGGUUAUGCAGCGCAGAAAGAGACAAGUGACAUUGGACAGAUUUUUCAGACAAACUGAGCCUGCAGCUAGGAGACAAAGGAGAGAGGAAACCCCUGAAGAAGAUCUCCCUGAUGUCCUUAUGGAGGGGGACUCUCCCCCCAAACAAUAA